ACGUCAACUUGUGGAUGUAAUAUUUCAGAAAUGUAAAUGCUGAACUAUAUAUAUAGGCUGGUUUCGUGUGCCGAAACAAUGAUCAAUCACAAAAUGGGGAAGAAAACUAUCAGCCUUUCUAUUUUCUCUCUCUUAAUUCUCUUUCUCCCUCUAGAACAUUUGACCGUCGUCGAAGCACAAGAAACACCGAUCCCUGUAAAAAUCGGCGUGGUGGUGGACAUGGAUAUAUAUGUCGGAGAGAUGGGGAUCAACUGUAUCUCGAUGGCACUGUCCGAUUUUUACGCCUCGCAUGAUUAUUACAAGACUAGGCUCGUUCUUCACACUCGGGAUUCCGACAGAGAUGUUGUUGCUGCAGCUGCUGCCGCUCUCGACCUAAUCAAGAAUGUCGAAGUUCAAGCCAUCAUAGGCCCCUUAUCCUCAGCGCAGGCAAAUUUCAUGAUAAACCUCGGAGAAAAAUCCCAAGUCCCGAUAAUUACCUUUUCCGCCACAAGCCCUUCUCUCGCAUCAAUCCGAAGCCCCUACUUCAUUCGUGCCGCCCUCGACGACUCCUCACAAGUAGGCUCCAUAGCUGCGAUAAUCCGAGCCUUUGGAUGGAGAGAAGUGGUCCCCAUUUAUGUAGACAACGAAUUCGGAGAAGGGAUUAUACCAUUUUUAACCGAUGCCUUAGAAAAAGUCAACGCGCGCGUGCCUUACAGAAGCGUGGUCCCACCAUUAGCAACAGACGAUCAGAUCGUUGCUGAGCUGUACAAGCUGAUGACGAUGCAGACACGAGUCUUCGUUGUCCACAUGCUGACUCAUCUAGGGGCCCGCCUCUUUGCCAAAGCUGAAAAGCUAGGAAUGAUGAGUGGAGACUAUGCAUGGAUAAUAACCGAUGGCAUGACGUACGAGUUGGAUUCGAUCGAACUUUCUGUGAUGAACUCCAUGACUGGAGUAAUAGGAGUACAACCCUUUAUUCCAAAAACAGAAGAGUUCGAUAACUUCAAAACGAGGUACAGGAAAAAGAUUCAACGGAACGAUUUGAACAUGUUUGGACUAUGGGCCUACGAUUCAGCUAUUUCACUAGCACUGGCUGUGGAAAAAGCACAAGUGGGGGUAAAUUCGACAUUUUUAAAGACGAACAUUUCUCGAAAUUCUACGGAUCUUGAAACAUUUGGUAUCUCGAGCACUGGCAAAGAGCUCAUUCAGGCUUUAUCCAACACUUCAUUCAGAGGUAUUUCCGGAGAUUUCAAACUAGUCGAUGGUCAACUACAAUCACCUCCUUAUGAGAUAGUCAACAUGGUGGGACCCGGUGCUCGUGUGGUCGGAUACUGGACGAAAGAGAAUGGAAUUGUUCGAGAUCUAAAUUUCACGAACGCUAACACAAGUAACUACUCAACUUCAAAGUCAAAUAUUGGAUCCAUCAUUUGGCCAGGGGAUAAAACAUCUCCACCUAAAGGUUGGGUGGUUCCUACAAACGGGAAAAUUUUAAAGAUAGGAGUACCCGUAAAAGAUGGUUUCUCCGAGUUUGUUCAUGUCACUUGGAAUCCAAACAAUAUUCCAGAAGCGGGAGGAUACUGCAUAGAUGUUUUCGAUACAGUAAUGGAAGCUCUACCGUAUGGCGUACCGUAUGAAUACGUUCCUUUCGCUACGUCCGACCACAAGACAGCUGGCAGUUACAAUGAAUUGGCCUAUCAAGUGUACCUUGGAAACUUCGAUGCGGCGGUUGGAGACGUAACUAUUGUAGCAAACAGGUCGCAGUACGUCGACUUCACCCUGCCUUAUACAGAGUCUGGUGUUUCGAUGGUCGUACCGAUCAAGGACGAUAAGAGCAAAAAUGCAUGGGCGUUUCUAAAGCCACUGACCUGGCAGCUUUGGCUGACGAGCUUUUGCUCGUUUGUCUUCGUGGGGUUUCUUAUAUGGGUUCUUGAGCACCGUAUCAACGAAGAUUUCAGGGGUCCCUUUUGGCAUCAAGUAGGCAUGGUAUUCUGGUUCGGCUUCUCGACCAUGGUCUUCGCCCACAAGGAGAGAGUGAUAAGCAAUUUGUCUCGAUUUGUGCUGAUUAUAUGGUUUCUAGUUGUCCUUAUACUAACACAAAGCUACACCGCUAGUCUUACCUCGAUGCUGACGGUUCAGCAGCUGCAGCCAACCGUUACAGAUGUCACCGAGCUCAUUAAAAACAAUGAGUACAUUGGCUACCAAAUGGGAUCGUUUGUUUUCGGUCUCCUUAAAAACAUGAAGUUCGAUGAAACCAGGCUUCUGGCAUUCAACUCAACAGAGGAACUCGACGAACUCUUCUCCAAAGGAAGUCGAAACGGUGGCAUAGCUGCAGCUUUUGAUGAGAUCCCGUAUAUGAAGCUGUUUCUUGCCAAGUACUGCUCAAAAUACACCAUGGUCGGUCCCACCUAUAAAACCGACGGUUUUGGCUUCGUCUUUCCGAUAGGUUCUCCGCUAGUACCUGAUGUAUCAAGAGGGAUAUUAAAUGUCACAGAGAGUAAAAAAAUGAUCGAUAUCGAGAAAAAAUGGUUUGGAGAUAGAACCAAAUGUCCAGAUUCUAGUACUUUGUUUUCGUCCAACAGUAUCGGUUUAGAGAGCUUUUGGGGGCUGUUCUUGAUAGUGGGAAUUGCUGCAGCUUCAGCUUUAAUAAUCUACGCGAUUAAAUUCCUACGCGAAAAUUGGCAUGUUGUUGACCGGUCCGGUCACGAGUUGACUAUAUGGACCAAGAUGAACGACUUGCUUCAAAGGUUCAAGAACAGAGAUCUCAGCUCUCAUACUUUUAAGAACAUGGAAAAUAGAGAUAGGGAGAGUGUUUGUGGAGGUGAUUGCAUGAAGAGAGCAGCAGAAUCAUCCAACGAACAUGAUUUUCAAUUUAGUCCGUCGACUUUUUCAGUGGCCUCUCCGUUCACUAACGGCCCACCAAGUCCUGAUUUCUCGAGCCCAGAUGCGCGGAACGUAGAUUUUGAAGCUAUACAGCAAGAAAUCGAACUUGUUAACCCGAAUCAAAACGAGCAUUUGCCAUCAACAUGUUAACCAAGUGCGGAAACUUGUCUUUCGUCUCAAGUCAGAUAACGGUGAGAUGAUAUCUUGUAGCUAUGUAACUUAUAAAUUUAGUUCCACAUGAGACCUCAAUUCUAAUUUCAUUUCCAAUGUAAAACAGCACUUUCGGUUAGAAAUUUAUUCGUAAAUACUAAA